AUGAUGGAUAAUAUUUUUUCAUCUAUAAUUUCAUUCCCAUUGUGUCAAAGUGCAUUAGAGGAGAGUAAAAAAAAGAUGUAUGAUGGGGAAAAAAAUAAAUGUCAGAAAGUUAACAUAAAUUAUUUCACAACUUCUAAUUCAAGCGAUAGAAAUAUAUGUCCAAUAUCUUUGUCUUAUUUGGAUCAUAUUAACCGUCAUCGAUAUGAUUUCACAAAUGAAGAGGCUUGCUAUUAUCUGUAUUAUUGGAUAUAUCAAGAACUUAAGUAUAAUUUUGAAACUGGCAAAAUCAAAAAAAUUUACGAUGAGAUUGUAGACCUGUAUUCUGAAGACCCUAACAAUGCUAUUAUAUGUAAAACAUAUAACAUUACUAGGGGUACUGAAGAUAAAAUAGACGACGUAAAAUAUCUGUAUGAAAUAUCUAGAUGUCUUAAAAUUACAAAAUAUAAUGAUAAAACAAAUGUAAACAGUGAAUUCUGUAAUACGUUAUUAAAUAAAAUAAAUGAAUACAAUGAAAUGAAUAGAAAUAUAGAUAAUGAUCCAAAAACACAAGAAAUAACACAACCCUAUAGAAAUGAUAUUCGAUCAGCUAUUAUAAUUCCAAUUCUUGUGGCAUUAAUAAUAACUCUAUUGUUCUUUAUUGCUUAUAAGUUUUAUCCAUUGUAUUCGCGCUUCCUUUAUCAAAUAAAAUAUAAAUUAAAUAAGAUACAUAACACAGAUGAAGAAAGAAAUAUGUUGGAAGAAUCUGAACAAUUGAGCAUUAUGGCAUGUAAUAAUAGAUAUAAUAUGUUAUAUUGCACAGAUUAA